AUGAUUCCUUCUCCACAAAGAAGUGGAUCGGGGUUACCGCAGAGCCCUAGAUCCCCAUAUUCGCAAGCGCCGUUUUUAUCAGUCUCGGUAACCGAUCCAGCUAAGAUGGGCAAUGGCGUCCAAGCUUAUAUCUCCUAUAAAGUCAUUACAAAGACAAAUUUACCUGAGUACCAAGGUCCUGAGAAGAUUGUUAUCAGAAGAUACAGUGAUUUUGUUUGGUUACGUGAUCGACUUUUUGAGAAGUACAAGGGCGUUUUCAUUCCACCUCUUCCAGAGAAGAGUACAGUAGAAAAAUUUAGGUUUAGCGCGGAGUUCAUUGAAAUGAGGCGUCAAGCGCUUGAUCUAUUUGUUAACCGAAUAGCUUCUCACCACACGCUUCAGCAGAGUGAGGAUCUAAGAAUCUUUCUUCAGGCAGAUGAACAGACAAUGGAAAGAGCAAGAUCUCAGGAAACUGGUCUCUUCAAGAAGAAACCAUCUGAUUUGAUGCAGAUAUUCAAGGAAGUACAAUCAAAGGUGAGUGAUGUUGUUCUUGGAAAGGAGAAACCGGUGGAGGAAUCCACUCCUGAAUAUGAGAAACUGAAGCGUUAUGUCUUCGAGCUGGAAGAUCACUUGGCUGAAGCUCAGAAACAUGCAUACCGUCUUGUAAAAAGACAUAGAGAGUUGGGGCAAUCUCUAUCAGAGUUUGGGAAGGCAGUCAAGCAGCUUGGCUCUUGUGAAGAUAAUGCUCUAGGAAAAGCGUUUUCUGAGCUGGGGGUCAAAUCAGAAAUAAUUUCAAUUAAACUGCAGAAAGAGGCUCACAAUCUCUUGAUGAACUUUGAGGAGCCUUUGAAAGAUUAUGUUCGUGCAGUACAAUCUAUCAAGAACACCCUGGCUGACAGAGCAAAUGCUUUCAAGCAACAAUGUGAAUUGGCCGAGACAAUUAAGUUCAAGGAAAUUGAUCUGAACAAAAUGAGGCUGACACGUUCAGAGAAACUGGCUGAGGCUGAGCGUGAAUAUGAAGUGCUGAAGGCUGAGGGUGAGGAAGCAAGUAGAAGAUUUGGAACAAUUGUGCGGUUGAUGAAUGAUGAAAUGGUCAGAUUUCAAGAACAAAAGACCUGGGACAUGGGUCAGGCAUUCCAUGAAUUUGCUAAGGGACAAGCACAGCUAGCAAAUGGUAUUGCUGAGGCUUGGCGGAGUCUUCUUCCGAAGCUCGAUGCCUGUGCUUCUGCCUAG